AUGAAAGUCUUGACAGCUCUAUCUUUGGCCGGUCUGGUCUCGGCGCAAGUUGCACCCUACGGACAAUGCGGUGGAAGCGGCUACACUGGCACCACAGUGUGCGCAACAGGUUGGGUCUGUCAGUACCAGAAUGACUGGUAUAGUCAAUGCCUAGCAUCAUCAAGUGGUGGAACCACAACCACGCUCACCACAAAGGCUUCCACCACGUCGACUACCACUGUCAAGACUACUUCAACUACUACCAAGACCACGUCCACCACGACCUCUAGCACGGGAGGAACUGGUUUCCCUACCACGAAUGGGCUGAAAUUCGAGAUUGAUGGAAAGACUAGCUACUUUGCAGGCUCCAACUCGUACUGGAUUGGAUUCCUCACAAAUAAUGCCGAUGUGGAUACCGUAUUAGAUCAUAUGGACGAGUCCGGGCUUCGCAUUCUCCGAGUCUGGGGGUUCAAUGAUGUGAAUACUGUCCCCUCAGCCGGAACUGUCUAUUACCAGCUAUUGUCCGGCGGAACAGCAACAAUCAAUACCGGCGCGGAUGGCCUACAGCGUUUGGACUACGUGGUUGCAGCAGCAGAGAAGCGCAACGUCAAACUUAUCAUCAACUUUGUGAACAACUGGUCGGACUAUGGAGGUAUGGCGGCCUAUGUCACAGCAUUUGGCGGAAGUCAGACUACCUGGUACACAAAUACUGCGGCUCAGACGGCCUAUCGCGCCUACAUCAAGGCAGUCGUGUCCCGGUACAUCAACUCGCCUGCCAUCUUCGCGUGGGAACUAGCCAACGAGCCCCGUUGUAACGGCUGUAGCACGUCUGUCCUUUAUAACUGGAUUUCGUCUACUAGUGCCUACAUUAAAUCUUUGGAUUCAAAGCACAUGGUGGCCAUUGGUGAUGAGGGCUUCGGGCUGGACGCUGGCUCUGAUGGCAGCUAUCCUUACACUUAUGGCGAGGGAUUGAACUUCACCAUGAACCUGGACAUUGAUACCAUUGACUUUGCCACAUUCCAUCUCUAUCCAUCAAGCUGGGGCACGUCGAACGACUGGGGCAAUGGCUGGAUCACCUCCCACGGAGCCGCCUGUGCAGCUGCGGGCAAACCAUGUUUGUUUGAGGAGUACGGUGUUACCUCCGACCACUGUUCAAUUGAGGCACCAUGGCAAACGACGGCGCUGUCGGCCACUGGUGUCGCAGCUGAUCUCUACUGGCAGUAUGGAGAUACGCUUAGCUAUGGACAAUCGCCAGAUGACGGUAACACCUUUUAUUAUGGAACUUCUGACUUUACCUGUCUGGUGACGAACCAUGUGGCAGCCAUUGGUUCCUAG